AUGCUGGUGCGCACGAGAAGACGCAUUCUCCUUACCGCUCUCAUCAUACCCCUUCUAGUGCUUCUUUUUGCAUAUUUCAAACGUGAUAGUGCCUCCUUGAGUUAUUUUGAAUCGUCUUUACCAAUUGAGGAAGACUGUGAUAUACCGCCUUUAGAACUUUGGCCUGCAGACUUAAAUCAAUCCAUUGAACAAUCACGAAACUGGUUGGAUUGUACCGCAAAUGGGCUUCGAUUUACUAUUGAAAAACCGCGCAAGGUUAUUGAUAGCGACAGUGUCUUGCCGAAACGUGCAUGGGUAGAGCAUGGAGUCCUCAGAACCUCUCCUCAGUCGGGUCAGUUUAAGUGCGAUGCUCUUCCAAUACAUCGAUUAGAUGAAUAUCGUUCUGUGUAUGGGGAUCCACUGGUUGAUGUAAAAUCGGGCCAAAUCCUACCACAUCCACAGGUCAUGCUACUUUGCCAACCGCGAUUUAACUACACUGCUUGGAAUGCAGAUCUUCUGCUUACUCAGCGGCGUUUCUAUUUGUGUGGAAGUAGCCGCAUAAUGAAUUCAACUGUUGAAACAAACUCUACAACUGUAAAUGUCCUUCUCCUUGGUAUGGAUUCGUUAUCUCGACUAGCUUGGCUUCGAUAUAUGCCAAAAACAGUGAGAAGAUUGACCUCUCUCUCUCAAUCACGUGGAGCCAUGUUCCAGAAAUAUCAUAUAAUCGGAGAUGGAACUACUAGUAAUCUAUUAGCCAUGCUGGUGGGUUUAUUUGAACGGGAAUUACCAGAAAGUAGACGGUUUGCUUCACGACUUCUAAGCGGUCGUGGCGGUUUGAUGGAAACGCAGAUAUCCGGAGAUAAGGAAUACAAAGGUGGCGACAAGACACCUUUGGAUGAGUUUCCGUGGAUAUGGAAAGAAUUCAAGGCGGAAGCCGGUUAUGCGACACAUUUCAUUGAGGAUACGCCAAACUGGGGCACCUUUCAGUAUCGACUUCAGGGAUUCGGAAACCUUGAGCCACCGGUCGAUAGUUAUGGCAGACCAUGUAUGAUAGCUGCAGCUCAGGAUGAGGCACGAUAUGGGAAGAAACCCGGAUGUACAGCUUCCACGCCAACACACAUGGUGCUACUUGAGUCCCUCCGAGAAUUUUUUUACACCAAUUCCCAUCGACCGCGUUUCUCGCUUACUUUCCUCUCCGAGAUGAUCCACGAGGAUGCAUCAAAAGCGCAACUGUUGGAUGAUGACGUAGAAAAGCUGUUGGAGCAAAUUGAUAUGGAGGAUGAACAAGGUUGGGGACCUUUUUUCAAUACCCUUGUGAUUCUUUUCUCCGAUCAUGGACCUAGAAUGGGAAACGCCAGAUUGUCCUUACAGGGGAAGUUGGAAGAACGUCUACCUAUGCUGGCCAUUAUUGUUCCCCGAAAAUUUGCGUUGGAAUGGCCUGAAGCUGUCUCCACUCUCCAAUCGAAUGUCGAUCGUCUCUGUUCUCCAUUUGAUGUUCAUGCGACCCUCAGACACAUAGUCUUCCGUUCGGUUAAUCAGAGCAUCCGGGGUCAAAGCCUUUUCACUCCUUUACCAUGGCACCGCACAUGUGAUUGUGCAGGUGUCGCUCGACAUUGGUGCACGUGCGCACACUGGGUGACCUUGAGACCCAAUGCAGGUGGUGAAUGGUCUGAGGUGACGAAAGCAGCUGAGACGACCUUAAAGACAAUUAAUGCCGCCACACGAGUCCUUACACAAGACGGCUUGAGGCUGAUGGAUAUGUGCGAACCCCUUGAAUUGGAUGAGAUAGUUUCAGCCGAGGUCUCUCGCCUUCCAGACGAAGUAGUUAGUUUCAGGGGCACAGCUGAUCGCGAUGGGCAAAUACCUCUCUUUGACAUGCCAGAUGCACGUCCAACCACAUCAGCACUGCGUCUCCACCUCCGUGUAAGACCCAAGCAAGCGCAUUUUGAGGUCCUCCUCUAUCGAGAUGCUAGUAGCGGUAUUUUUCGCCCUCCCAGUCUUGAGAAUCUUCGACGUCUGGAUGAAUUCGAAAAGCAUGCCAAGUGUCUGGAACCUCAGAAAUGGAGCCAAGCUCGCAAAUUAUGCAUUUGUCGUUGA